UGAGAGUGAUUUGGAUCAUCUACAGACUACAGUGGUGCCGACCAGAUACAUCAUCUCCAGACUCCACCAAAAACGAGAAAAAGGAAAUGGAAAAUAUUGAAAGGAUUCACCACCACGACACCAAAUUCAUCGACCAAAAUGGGCACCUACAAACAAUCAAAAUUCCUGUGGUUCAAGACUUGGCCCGGCUGAAGAUCCUACCCGGAGACUUCAUCCAAAACCCGGUCGCAGCCCACCCGUUUCCUCCCCACACCUUUUUUGACGCGAUAGACAUGGCCAAGCUCCGGACCAAGUCGGGUCGGGCCACGGAGCUCCGCAAACUUGCCAGCAUCUGCGAUGAAUGGGGCAUGUUUAUCAUCCGAAACCACGGGUUGGAUCCACGGGCUCUGGAGGAGGUGGAACAAGUCGUCAAGAAUUUCUUCGAGCUGCCCUUCGAGGACAAAAAAUCCAGUGUGGGAACGUACACGGAUGCCGAUAACAUGGGAUACGGCCGGAAUUUCUUCAAAUCGCAGCAUCAGCCGUUGGAUUGGAUCGACCGCUUGGCAAUGAAGGCGGCUCCGGUGGGCUCCACCGAAGGCCUCCGUGUUUGGCCUAACAAUCCACCCAAUUUCCGGCCAGCCGUGGAGAAUUUUGUGGAGAUUGGCCGCCAAGUUCUAGACGAGCUUCUAGAAGCUCUUGCAGAAGCCAUCUCGUGCGAUACAGAUUCAUUCUCGCGAUAUUUUGAUCCAGACACGAGCGAGAUUAAUGUUCGUGUAAACUAUUACCCGGCUUGCCCCCGGCCCGAUUUAACAAUGGGCUUGGUCCCACACAGCGAUGCUAGUGCUCUAACUCUCUUGACCCAAUUCGGAUCCGAAAAUGGGCUUCAAGUAUUGAAGAGCAAUCAAUGGAUCACAGUUCCGUGGCCAUGUGACUCGUUGCUUGUCAAUGUAGGAGAUCUCAUUGAAAUCAUGGGUGAUGGGAGGUUCCGGAGCUCGUGGCACCGGGCCGUGGCGCAACCUGAUACGGGCCGAUUCUCGGUCGCGUUGUUUUACAGGCCACCAAGGGGAGCGGAGAUUGAGCCGGUGAGUGAUGGAGAGUCCAAUAAGUAUAAGAACGUUGUGGUGGGAGACUAUUUAGACCAUUUUUACAAAUUAAGCCCAACACCUACUAAACAAGCCAUAAUGUUUGCCAAAUUUAAUUAGAUACAAAUAAUAUCAACCAUUGUGCAUUCAUGAAGUAGGGGGUGCUAAUAUGUCUAAACCCAAAUGUAGUCUUUUUUUGUCUAUUUACACACGUUCCAAUAGUCAAUUACUAUUUCACUAUUUUUAAUGUAUUUAUGCUUUUGUUAGUA